AUGCCCAACCCCUUCACCGGAAAAACGAUCCGCGCCGUCAUCACCGACGUCGACGGCUGCCUCACCGACGGGCGCGUCGGCUUCACGUCCAACGGCGACUCCGUCCGGCACUUCCACACCCACGACGGCCUCGGAACCCAGCUCCUCAUCCAGGCCGGCAUCCACGUCGCCUGGCUCAGCGCCGGCAGCAAGCCCGAGUCCAUCUUCGCCCGCGCGCAGACCAUCGGCGUCGAGCACGUCGACGUCAACAGAGACGAAAAAGGCCAGCGCUUCCUCGACCUCUGCGCGAAGCUCGGCGUCGACCCCGCCCACACCGUCUACAUGGGCGACGACCUCAAAGACCUCCCCGCCAUGGCCCACGCCGCGAUCAGCGCCUGCCCCGCCGACGCCGUCAAGCAAGUCCGCGACGCCGCACACCUCACCCUCACCCGCAACGGCGGACACGGCGCCUUCCGAGAACUCGCCGACCUCAUCCUCGAAGCGAGAUAG